UGACUGCCUUUCCGCUAUUAUUUGAAUCGGAGUUGGUGCGCGAAAACGAAACCAAAACUAAAUCCCCUGCCUUUGGUUUCGUUUUUAAAUAAGAGAUACCCUGGCUGCAGAGAUAUGCAGUCUACGACAACAAUUGUUGCUGAUGGAGUCUGACCAUGGAUAAGGAAGUUGACCCUGACGAUGAAAAUGUGAACCUCGUCUUGGCUCAGGAAUCCUCAGAACUGCUCCACAUCAUUAGCAGUCAGUCACCAGCGAUCAUAAUGGAGCUAUGUCAAAUGAUGCCGAGUGAUGCUAGAUGGAAUAUCAACCAGGCUCCCACAACAGAACAAAUCAAAGCUAUGUUGGAGUACUUCAGGGUGGCCAGCGCUACAGAUUGCUGCAGCUUUCUCCAGAGCAUGUGUAUGUUAUGCGAGAACAUCCCCAUGCACCUGGAGUCGAGGCUCAUGUCAAUAGCUGGAUAUGCAAAUAAUAUUUCUGAAAAUUCCAGCCCCAGUUUAACGGAAGGGAAGUCGACAUCGCCGCCUUCAGAGCAGCAGCCCAUCAAACGCCCACGGAUUGAUCACUGGGAGCAGUACAUUGCUGCAGUGGUGAGUUUACUGCAAAGGAGGUGGGAAAUACUCAGUGAGCACCUGGUGAGGGAGGUCCAGCUGGAGAAUGUGUGGGUCAGCCUAAGGACAUCGAACAGAGGCAGGGACAGGCCUGAUCAAACCCCUGGCCCAGCAGACAAAGGGGGCAGAACACCUGAGCCUGAUGGAGAUUUUGGGUCUACGGAUUCCAGAGUGACAUUGGAAACCUUCCUCCAAGGAUGUGCAGGGAAGGUGACAGUUCUCGUUGGCCAGGCUGGAUCUGGAAAAACUCUGCUAAUGUCUUGCUUAGGACAGCAGUGGGCACAUGGACUAGGUCCUGUCCCUUCAUCCUACCUGUUUAUCCUGCUAGAGUUUCGUCAGCUCAACAUAUUGUCCCAUCCUCUCUCAGUGUCUGAGCUGCUAUUUCGACACUACCUCCCUCCAAAAGGAGGCGAUGAUGAAAAGAGAGCCAUUGUGCACUACCUCCUUUCCAAUCCAGAGCAAACCUGUUGGGUGCUGGAUGGCUAUGAUGAGUUUCACAGCAAACUCACCAGACAAGAGCUGCAGAGAGAGCUAUUGGACCCAGAAAAGCCUCUGCCUGUUGCAGAUCUCAUCUCAGCACUGUUAAAUCGUCAGCUUCUACCAGGAUGUACUGUGGUGGUCACCUGUCGAGCACGCGAUGUCAUUGAUUUGGAGGGCAUAUCAGAUAAAGUAGGGCAGCUGCUGGGGUGGGACCGCCACGCGAUCAAGGAGUAUGUGGACAACUUCUUUCGAGUCAAAGGUCACUCAGCAAACAAAGCUGUUGGAGUGCAGGCAGCAGAUCUGCUUCUCUCUAGUCGACACUUACUCGCCAUGUCAUACCUCCCUGCCCUCUGCAACAUCUGCUGUAUCUGUCUGGAGCAUUUACUGCUGGAAAGGGGAAACCCAAGAAAGAUGCAGAUACCAGAAGAAGCACUAAGUGAGACAAGGAGAAAAGCGGGAGUAAAAGACGAAAAAGGAGUACAGAUUCCAGGAGGAGGAAGAGAAGAGGGCAGUAGAGGAGGGAGUUACGUACAAAGGGGAGACCAAGGAGGAAGAAGGGGGAGUGAAGACAUAAUGAUGGAUGGGACAAAUGGUAGAGCCCAGUUGCCUCCUGUACAAGUCCAGAUACCCUCCACCCUCACCCAGGUCUACCUCACUGUUCUUGGAGCCUUUCUGAGCCAUGACCCUGAUAAAAGAGGAAGGGAUGACGAGCCAAAGACCACAAGAGUUCUACAGAGUCUGAGUCAGUAUCAAUCGGAGUUGUGUGAGCUGAGUCAGCUGGCCUGGAAAGGCUUGGAGGACAGCAAGAUCCUCUUCAUGGAAGAAGAUAUCACUCAGGAUGUUUUGAAGUUUUCAAUCAGGACAGGGCUCUUCUCACAGGUGGAGCUCAGACGUGAGGAUGGGAUGCUUGUCAACUGCUACUGCUUCAUUCAUCUGACACUACAGGAGUUUUUGGCUGCAAUCAGAAUCAUGACCAGCACUGAUGUUAGUGACAUGCAGCUCAAGAAGAGAUUCAGUCUGAGAACUCGCUGGACGACCAGGUCAGACCAGAGGACAGUCUUCACUGACUCCCUGCACCAGUAUGUCUGUGGUCUGGCUUCCCCACACUGCACUGCAGCCUUAGUUCAAUUAGCCAAGACCUCUGGUGGAACAGGAAGCCAAAGUUGGGUGCAACAACGACAAGCUCUUGUUCGAAAACUGCUUAAAAACCUCUGUCACAGCAACACCCUGACUGGACCAAAGAUAUUGGAGCUUUGCCACUGUGUCCAGGAGAGCCAGGACAACCAACUAGCUAAGGAGUUUGUGGGGACGAGACCCACCCUGGAGCUGCGCAACAUCUGGCUGUCACCUAAUGAUAUUGAUGCUCUGGCUUUUGUAGUUAACUCAGUAGGUGAUAUUGGCAUUGGAUUGGACUUUGGAGCAUGUUCAAUGGAGCUGGAGUGUUUAGAUGUGCUGCCAAGGUGUCAGUACAUUCAAUACCUCAGUUUUCGCAGCCGCAAGUAUGGUGACAAAUUUGCCGAGAAGCUGUCUUCCAUUCUGCCAAAAUUCACAACCCUGAAAAAACUAGAGUUUUGUGGUGCCAGUCUGACCGCCACAGGAGCGGCUUGUUUGGCCUCUGCUCUACAGAACUGUCCAGACAUAACUGAAAUCAAUCUGAGUGACAACAAUCUGAAAGAUAGAGGAAUCGAACACAUAGCAGAUUUUUUUCCCAAACAACCAAGACUGGUCUCAGUAAGGCUGGGUCGAAACAACAGCUCACUGGAAGCAGUGGACUAUCUUAUUGGGAAAAUGUCUUCCUGUUUGAACAUCCAGCACCUUCAUGCAGAUGGGAAGAAGGAAUUGACAGUAACUUUCUCCCAAAACUCUGAUCUGAUUAGCCAUAAAACUAAGUCUGAACCAACAAUCAGCUUGUUGAACCAGAAAUGGAGUAAGCCUGAGAUGCAAAAAAUUGCAGAGUCAUUGGCGCGUUGUCCUGCCGUGGCUAGCCUGGAUGUGUCUGGAGACCAUAUGGAUGUUGAAUGUCUGAGGAUGCUGACUCAGUUUUUGCCAAAGUUCAACGUCACCGACAAGAUCAUUGUGAAUGAGAGCUGCUCUUCAGUGGAGGGUUUGGUGGUUCUGACUGCUCUGCUGUCUGAUUGUCCUGCUGUGGUGGAACUUCACAUCAGACUACAGAGUCCUGUCCAGGCGUCCAUAGUGUUCUCUAAAGGAAGAGACAAACCUGCAAAUGAAAAAUCUAAAAUGCUCUGUCUCAGCUGCUGUGCUCUGCUGCCGACACAUCUGGAGAGAGUGUUGAGGAGUCUGGGAACCUCAUCUGAUCUCACUUUGUUGGAUCUGUCCAGUAACUGUUUGGGCAACAGAGGUCUGAGGAAACUGUUGGACGUCGUUCCUUGUCUUAGUAGCAUCCAGGAAGUAAAUGCCAGUAACAAUGGGAUUGGCAUGGAGGGAGUGGUGAUGCUGGCUGGUGCUUUGUGCUCCCAUAACAACUUAACACAAAUUCACAUCAGUGAUGGAGGCAGAGAGCGGGUGAUCUUGAAGUUCUGCCCUGACAAAAGGCAUGACAAACAGCAGCUAAAGAUGUUCAGGAUAAACAACAGCUGCCUCAUGCCAUCCGAUAUAACCACACUCUGUAAAAGACUGGUCCAGUGUCGCUCCCAUUUGGAGUUAGAUUUGUCUCACAGCUCACUGACAGACAAGGCUAUUGAGAAUCUGCUGAAAGUCCUUCCAAAGAUGGCGUCUCUGCAGAGAAUCAAUGUCAGCCACAGCGUCGCAUCCACAACUGAAGCACUGAUGUUGGUCAAAUGUUUGACUGUCAGUCAGCGAGUCACAUCUGUGGAGCUCAGGCCUGAGACUGAAGCUUUCAUCCAGUUUGACAGUGUGAAAUCAGAGCAAGCCAGCUGCAGGUUAACUCAUUGUAGCCUCAACAGUGACAACCUGGAGAAACUGCUCGAGAUCCUACAGCAGGGUCCUCAGCUGUCUGACCUGGAUUUGUCAAGUAACAAACUGGGAGAUGAAGGAGUCAAGCGUUUCUUGGAUUCUCUACAAGAGCUUAAAAUCACUAGCUACGCAAAUUUGAGCAACAAUGGCCUGACCCAGCAGGGGCUGUUGGAAGUGGCCAGCACACUGUGCACCUCUAACAACAUCUGCAGUGUGGAAGUCAGUUUGGAGGAAGAGGAGAGGUGUCUCAUCUGGUUUACACAAUAUGAAGGUUGUGUAAAAACGCUGAGUGUCAGAGAGAGCAGUUUGGAACGUGAUCAUCUGAUCAGAUUAGCAGAGAUCGUGUCUACCUGCCCCAGUCUGACCAAACUGGAUUUCAAGAACAAUUCCCUGCAGUCAGACUGGAUUGAAGACUUUGUGAAACUGUUUAACAGCAGUCAGAAAGGAUUCAGUGUCAGUAUUGAUGAACGUUGGAUCAGAGCUGAGGAAGCUGUCAGGUUGGUGUGUCGUUGUCUGGACGUCAGCAGGAACAUACAAACUAUCAGGGUUCACCACACCACACUACACCUGUCUUUGAUGAGGUCCACUGAACUGACCUCAGUCAGCCUCGUGGACUGUGCAGUAGAGGGGUACCAGCUUGAAUCUAUGAAGAGCAUCAUCCUGCGGUGUCCUUUACUGACAGAGCUGGAUUUUUCCCACAACAGCCUGGGUAUAGAGGGAGCUGAGUUUCUCUGUUCUGUCCUGCCCUCACUGCCACAUCUCACUGCUCUCAGUAUUGGGUCCAAAGAGGCUUGUGUGACUGUGGUUGAAAAGCUUUCCGAGGCCUUGCUGCAGGGUACAGCCAUUGAGUGCCUAAAUCUAUCAGGUCAUGUGAUUAGUGACACAGUAGCUCUGAUUAUGACCAGAAUGUUGCCCCGUCUGAGAUCACUCAAUCUGUCUCAUUGUGUGUGGUCAGUGGCGGGAGGGCUGCAGCUCAUUCAAAAUCUGGGAGAGUGUGACGUUCUGGAGGGCCUUUGUCUGGACUCCUUGAAACUGAAUGAGGAGAGCACGAUGUACCUGGCACAGGCACUAAGGAAUAUCAACUCUAUCCGCAGUCUCAAGCUGAAUAAGAUUGCCACAGUGAUGGGACCAUUAGGAGCAAAUGGUUUGCUAGAUCUCCUGGCUGCUACGGAGGGACUCAGACAAAUGGAGGAGAUAGAGUUGGAGGGCUGGAGGAUGGCUGAUAGAGGAAUAGAGCAGCUGACCAGACUGCUUCCUAUCUGGAAGGAGCUCAAGAAGAUCAGUCUAUCAAAGAACCUUAUCAGCGACCAAUCAGGAGACAAGCUACUGGAAGCUUUGAACAGCUGCAGUCACCUAGAAGAGCUCCAUCUGUGUAGUAACAGCCUUGGUGAUCUCACUGCUGCCAGGAUGGCCCUUGUUCUGCCAUCUCUGACACACAUCACUGUCUUGGAUCUUUCAGACAACAGUGUUGGACAUGAGGGGUCAGUGAAUCUGUCCAAAGCAAUGAUGCACAUGAAGAACCUCACCAAGAUUCAUCUGACCUCUGUUGGGACUUCAGAGCUGUGUGCUGUAGCUGCCAGCCUGGCCUGCUGUCCCCUCAUACAGGAUGUGGGUCUGGGAUGGAAUAAUUGUGGAGAUAAAGUGGCUGUGGAGCUGGCCAAAGUUAUGCCUGUCUGUCAGAAGCUGACCAGAAUAGAUCUGGAGUCAAACGCUGUGAGUGUUUCUGGAGCGGAGGCCCUGUGUAGAGCCUUACAGUUGUGUCCUGCCGUACAGCUCAUCAGACUGUGGAGGAACAGUGUCCCGUCCAGUGAAGCCCAGAGGCUCAGUCUGAGGGACAGGAGGCUAAAUUUCUCACCCACCUAACAUGAUGUGUAUCGUUGGACGGUGGCGGCGGCAGGAAGAAGAAACAUUCCACUUCAUCAAAACAUGCAGAGGUGAAUCACUGCAACCGCUUCAGCCAUACAGAAGUUAAAAUACGUUCUCCCUGCAGUAUGACCAUCAGAAAAGCAUGAAGAGUGAUGUUAUAAAAUCUCAGUGUAACAUUUUACGUUUAAAAAUCCUUAAUCUUUUGUGUGUCCGAUGACUGCAGCAAUUGGUGUCUGUAAUGGUGUGACUACUAUGUGGUCUACUAUUUUCUUUUUACUGUAUGAAAGAGUUCUCAUCCCCAAAAUAUAUUGGUGUUUAUAAUGUUAAAAGCCUCACUGGGGAAUGAUGUGAAUAAGUACAGUUGUACUGCUGAAUGUUUCUAAGGUAUUAUUUUUGAGAAAAGCAUCUAUUUUUGAGACUAUUUAAAUGUAUGAGUGCACUUAUUGGCCUCUAGUUUCACAGUAGUAAACAGGUGUAAUCAGCUGCCAGUGUGGCAAUGGUUACGUUUACAUGCACACUAAUAUUCCACUAUUAUUCUGAAUACGACAAUAUGUCGAAUUUGAUACGGGUGUAACAUGUAAACUGCAUGUAAACAGGAAUAUUGGUAGAAUAUUAAUUUUUAUUAGCCAUGUAAACAGCUUAGUAGGGAUGUUGUCUUUGGAAUUUGGGUAAAAGCUGGAAUAUUUUGCAUAUGUAAACGUAGUCAUUGACACAAUGUCCCUUUGUCAAUGGUUCACUGUCAGUGUGGUGAUGUCCUGUUGUUGGUAUCUUAUGAAUAUAACCUGAGCUUUAACCAGUGCACCACCAUGUGUGACAGGUUACUGGCAGACACGUCUCUGUUUCAGAGCCUUUGGGCAGGACACACAGGCAGACAUCUUUAUACUACAUUGAUAUCAUAUGAGAAAAAUGUUGUAAACUCACCAUACAGCAGAAUGUGUUGCUGUAUGAUAAGUCAAAUUAAAUUGCAGUGGGAUACGUACAGGAUGGACAGUAGAGACAACAGCGAAUUAAAAUAAGCAUCAAGAAUAAUCUUACAGCAACUCAUUCAAUCACAAAAAUAAAAUUUUGAGUCAGUAACUUUACAGCAGAAAUAAACAUGUUUACAGCCUGUUACAAAACAAACAUACAAAAAAAAACAGUUUUGUUCUCUAUGGUUAAUUUUCCCUCUUAAACACCCUGUACAGGGGUGAAUUUUUAAUUAACUCAGCCGUUUACAUUUUAAUGCCUAAAGUUAUGCAUAAUAAUGUGCCAGGGCUGACGUCAAAACCCAGAAGUUUAGCAUCGCGCUGGUUCCUGGAAGAGAAAGUGAAUGUGAUUUUUGCAUUGCGUUUUGGAUUAUGUCAGAAAAUAAGCUCUGUGGCUAACACAAGUUUAUGAUACUUACAGGUUUUGUUCAGUGAGAUUCACAUAUGAACACCUUUCAUUCCGCAUUUGAAGCUUAAAUGCGAUCGCCAGAAGUAAAAAGCUAACGUUAGGCUUUAACGAACUACAUGACUACUCCACGGUCGCAUGACUCUUGAUGUCACCGCCACUAAGCUUUCAACUGAUUUUGGCUGCUUUACUUUAAAAACAUUGUAUAAUAGUGUUUAAGCUAAAUAAGAAGCUGUAAUGGUGGACUGCCAGCACUCUCGCCUGUUCGGAGAUGAUGACGUUUAAUGUCCCCAACAGGGUUUGUAGUCGUAUUGAGCAACUUGUUAGCAACCGCCUUUUUUACAAUACGUAAAAGCUUCAAAAUUCACAAGUAGGGUAUUUACUGACGUGUUUUAUGUCGUAGAACAAAACCUGAAACUUGCUUAAGCUUUUGUUAAUCACAGACCUUAUUUGAGGCAUUUUACCAAAAUCCCAUUCAAAAAACGUAUUGACUUUUAGACAAGAGAAGUGCUAAAAGCGCUAACGGCACACUGGCACACUCUAUUAAGGGUGGCUGCUGUCUGCCGAUAGUGUCCUUGAAUUCUAAAUCAGAUCUGCCCAUGACUCCUCCAUAUCAGCUUCUUGCUUAAAUAUGGUCUUUUCAGGCUCCAACAUGUCAAGGUGGUGAGGGCUGUAAUGCCAAACUGACAAACCAGUCAACAAACCAAUUGGUGAUGUCUCAGAAGCUAUGUCCAAUAUAUUUACAGUAUGCGUUUAUUGUUUAUUUGUUUGCACAUGGAAAUGGAUUUGAUUACAUAAGCUUUUGGUUACCUCAAAAUACAAAUUUGAGGUUGUAUGACCCGUUGUUUUAUUUUCCAACAAUGAACUGUGUGUUUUCAGCUGUUGUGUUGAACUGAAAUUAUACAGAUGUCAAAGUGAUGUAAAACUGUGACAGGGUAUGAUCUCACUGUCUGAGAUAGCUGAUGGAGGGACAACCCACAAAAUUUAUUAAUUUGGAUCAGCCCCACCUUUUCAGUCUCAUUACUGUCAGACUUCACACCAUCCAACACUGCCAUGAACCUAGAGGCCAUGACGUAAAGAAUUCCUUGGUUUUUCAUUUGAUAAAAUUGUAUAAUAAUUUAUAAUCAUAUGUAUGCAGACUCUGAUACACUGAGGCACUUUGCACUGUAAUGUGUUUACAAUAAUUAGAGGCCACAUUAGUAAAAACACAAUAACUCAUGAACUCACAGUAAAGGAAGAGCUGAAAGGGAGGACCCCUCCCCCCUGUUCUCUGCUCUUAUGGUCAUUUUAGGUUGUGGUCACUAUCCAGUUUGCGUAUUUAUUUCCGAUGUUAUCAUGGGAAGUUAUUUAUUUAUGCAAUUCAAACUUUUAUGUUCAUAUGAGAUGAUAAUUAGAUUGAACAAGAGGUGUGAAACACCACACGCUAAGAGUAACAGAUGAGAGUCUCAUCUCAUCUCUAAUUAUUUUUUUCUGCUGGAAUAUGUUAUGAUGAUGCUCUUACACUGAGAUGAAUGCACCUUAUUUACUUCCCCUUUCCUCUAUGUAUUAUUGUCUAGCUCAGAUCAUUCAGUUCCAUUAUGAUCUUGAGAAAAACACAACAUGAGCACAGACAGGAAUGACGUGUGGUACUGUAGCUCAUCUGUUAUAAAUGGAUUUAUUUUAUAUUUUGUGUUAAGAUUUUACUUCUCACAUGACAAAUUGCCUCUGUCCUUGACAUUAAUUCAUUCUGACUUGCACUGAAAUGUCAGCUGACAUUAA